GAAUUUCUCCUUGAACCUUCACUUCUGAGGUUCCCUGCCUCCCCAAAGGUGGGGGAGUCUUAAAAGCCUCGAUUCCCCCCAACCUCUCAGGGCUCGGUCCUCUCGGCUGCCCACCUCCUGUAACCUUCAGGAACUCGGCCCGUCUUCCCGUCUCCUCCCAUCAGAUUUCAGCCCUGGAGCCCAGCAGCCUUCAUGGGGAAGUACUGCAGAAAGGCCCCCUCCCGUCUGGGCCUGUGGUCUAACAGUUGCCCUGGCGUUUCCGGUUCACUGCAGGGACCGGUCAGACAGUCCGAGAGGCCAGGAGCUGCAGCUAUUGGGAGUUGGUCCUCAAGGGCCCUCCUGCCCCAGGUCACGCCAGUCCUAAAGCAGCAUGAGCAACCUGGAGCCACCCACCAAGAUGCCUGGGGCCAACACCCCCACCUGUUCAGCACAGCACACGUACAGCAACCUUGGUGAGGUCCGCAUCCACCUGCUGCCCUCCAAGGCCUGCCGCCCACGGACAUCUGAGCCCCCCGUGACUGACCCGCAGCCCCUGCCCCCACCCCUGCCCAAGAAGACCCUCACCAGGACCCAGUCGCUGCCUACCCACAAAGCCUCCAGCCCCAGCCUCACUCGAGCAGGGCCGCCUCGGAAGCCCCUUGUGGGGUCCCGCAGUGUGGAUGAGAGCCAGGCAGACGACGACAGGGCGGGGCCAGCCCAGCCGCCUGCAGAGCUGCCCUUCAGCUCGCUGGACACCGAACUGGGCCUCUCCCUCCACGACCUGCACCACCCGGAGGCCGUGCACGCCGCUCUGGAGGCCCGCCAGCUGGAGGGUCUCCGCGUCGUGCACGCCCGGCUGCACACCCGGCUCCUGGGGGGCCACCCAGGCCCCUGCCGGCCAGACCACCGCUUCCGCCUCCUGGACAGCUCGCCCUGUGUGGAGAGCGGGGACUACCUCUACUACCGCUUGGUACGCGUGCAUGAGGAGGCGUGGCAUCUCCUGGCUGCCAAGGUGCCCAAGCCAGGAGCUGAGGAGCCCCACCCCUGGGGCCUGGAGCUACAGUUCUCUCUGCGCCCGCAUUUCAACCUCCAGGGGCUGUGCGGCCUGCUGCCCGAGGGUGCACUGCCUGAGGCGCCCUGGAGCGGCAGUGUGGCCCUAGUGGCCGAGGUGCCAGAGCUCACUGUGGCCCAGUGGCUUGUGGAGGCAGGCGCUCGGCCACCCGAGGAGUUCACGAAGACCGUGGCCCUGCUGCUGCUGCAGCUGAGCGCUGCCCUGGAGUGCCUGGAGGCACUGGGUGCGGCCCUGGCCGAGCUGCGGCCCGAGAACCUCCUGCUGGUGGCGCCUCGGGGCUGCACGGCCACCGGGCCCCCGCGCCUGCUUCUUGCGGACUUCAGACGCAUUCACCCACGGCCUCCCGGCACCCCUGGCAUCCACGCACGGCAGCUGGGCCGCCUGCUCCGAGAGCUGCUUGGCCCGGGAGUGCCCUUGGCCACACCCGUGGCCACAGGCCUGGAGCGUCUGGCGGCCCAGCUGACCCGCGUGCGGCCCUCAGCGGCCCGGACACGCGGCGCACUGCAGGCGCUGCUCUGGGGGCCUGGACCCGAGCUGCGCAGCCACGGAGCCCCACUGGGGUCCUGGCUGCAGGUGCGCCGAACCAUGCUGGUCCUGCACCUGGCCGAGCGGGCCGUGGGUGGGGAGGUGCCCGGUCUGGAGGACUGGCUCUGCUGUGAAUACCUGAUGGAGGCCACAGCGGCCUCAGUGGACCUCGCUCUCAGUCUGCUGUGGGACUGACCUUGCCUGUGAGUGACGCACCUGUUCCAGGGCCUCUCCAAGUGGCAGGCCCCCCUCAACCUCCCAGGGCUGGAACUGGUGGCUGGUGAAUCCAUCAUAGGGUGGACGCCCUCUUUCAGAAGGGACCAACAGGCCAGCAAAGAAUGCAGUUGGGAAAUUAGGCCCAAUCCCCCCCCGCAUUACCCCCCAGAAUGCAGUUGCCCCCUUCCAGGGCUGGGGCCUAAUGGCCAGUGCCUGUAGAGGCUUUCAGAGGAGCCCACCCCUCUUCCACGCGUGGAGUCACUGCCAGUUCAUGCCUCUCCCAGUGGCUGGAACCCCUCCCACUGCCUUUCAGUAGAAGCCAGGUGCCCUCGUGGUACUAUGGUCUGAUGGUCAGUGUAUCCAUGGCAAUGUGGACACUCCUCCCAAAGGAUCUGGAGCCUGCCCUUGCACUGAGGAUGGUGGUGUGAACUGUCAACAGCUUGUCAAGAACUGCUGGAGGCUUCCAUGGGGAGAGAGGUCUCUGGAACCUGAGAUAGCCAGCCUACCCCAGCAGGGUCUGAGCUCACCUGCCCACAUGCUCUCCUGGUUCCCAUGCCCACCCCCUCUACUCCCUCCAUCCACUGUGGCCUCCUUGCUCCCCCUCUGUGACACUAAAUUCUGUCUAGCCACCAAGUCUUUGCACUGGCUGUUUCCUCUACCGGACUUGCUGAAUCUCACCUCUUGCAAGCAAAUAAAGUUGACCCUCCUGGGCCCUCUCCAGUUCCUGGCCAUGCUUCCCACCAAAGCACUUGUCACCACCUGCAAGUUAUUUAUUCAUCUCUUUGUCACCUGUUCACCUCACCCAUCAGGUUGAGUUCUGAGGCCCUGCCCAUACUUAACACACGCUAAGUGUUUAACAGCAUAGAAUGAUAGAAUAAACAAAGUUGUUUACAGACUCAUCAGGGACCUGAGGGAGAGAAUGAGGAAGUCUCAGUGUGUACUUCUGAAAAGUAGAUACAGGAGCCCUGAGGGGUCCCAAUGCCCUUGUGUGGGGUCUCCAGUCAUGCCCCUUCACCAGCCAUGGUGAUGCUAGGGGGAACUUUCUAAUCCCCAGGUGUAACAUGGUCCCUCCCCUGCUCAGACCUCUCCCAUGGCUCCCUAGUACCUUCAAAACACAAGGGGUUUGUCUAAAGACUCCACAUGCUGUCCGGCCAACCUCUCCUGGCACAUCACCCCUCUGUGUAGGUGCUUUCUGGCCUCCAGACCUUACCCACUGUUCCUUCUGCUGAUAUACCUCCCCACUAUGCUCUGCUUCAGACUCCUGUACAUCCUCCAGCACCCCAACCCCAAAGCCCUUUCUCUGCCUGUGCCGUGCCCACACAGACUGAAGUGUGUCCAGCCCUCUCCCCAGACCUUUGAAAGCCAACUCCAUCAUCAAUCAACCAAAUAUCCCACCCAACCCCCAGAUAGACUUGAAUCCCUCUGAAUUCAUUUCUCCUAAGAUACCUGCUUUGCAACCUAUUUGUCAAUCUGCAGGGCACAACCCCAGAUGCAGCCAGCAGGUGGCGCUGCGGGGCUGCCGCCUUUGGCCUUCAGCCACCCCCUUACCUCCACCCUUCCCUGGUGGCUCAGAUGGUAAAAGAAUCUGCCCACAAUGUGGGAGACCUGGGUUCGACCCCUGGGUGGAGAUCCCUUGGAGAAGUGCAUGGCAACCCACUCCAGUAUCCUUGCCUGGAGAAUCCCUAUGGCCAGAGGAGUCUAGCAGAGGGUCUCCCAUGGGGUCAGAGUUGUACCCCAUGACAACUGGGCAACUAGGCACAGCACCCCGACCCAGUGCAGGGUCUUUGCCUUCUGACUGCCUCAGACCCCACCUCUGCUCUGGUCAGAACACCCACCAGCAGAGCUCCCUCCCCAGCAAGACCCUUAAGAGGGCUGAGGAUGCCCACAGCCAAACACCCACCCCUUCCUUCCCCUUCACCCCUGGGAAAGCACCACUCAGGCCCUGCCCUGCUCCACUUAAGGCCCAGUAAACAGCUUCAGCCUGGAACCAGGCCACUCCAGCCUGCCUCCGUCACCCCAGGGAAGGGCUCCAGGGAAAGGGGAGUGGCAGGCAGGGUGGGGCGGGCUACCAGCUGCCCAGGGGUGGCAGGAAGAUGAGGUAUGGAGGUAGCCAGGUUGAGCUGGCUGUGGCCAAAGGUGACACCAGGGCCUUACUGCCUCACAACUCUUGCUUGCAAGCACAGCUCCCUCAGCCCCUGGCAAGCCCAAGGCCCCUAUUUCCUUGGCCCCAGAGCCCAUCAACACCAU